CUUGAGAUGAACAAAGAAAGAAGAAAAACACAAAAUCAGAUGAGGGUUGCAGACAGAGGACAGUGGACCAGUAAAACUGAAUAUAUUCUGGUUGUUGCAGGAAAUGUGGUCGGUUUGGGCAAUGUGUGGAGAUUUCCUUACCUCUGCUACAAGUAUGGCGGAGGUGCCUUUCUGGUGCCAUAUGGUCUUCUAGCUGUGGUGUGCGGGAUGCCUCUGUUCCUGCUGGAGACUUCAACUGGUCAGUACACCCAGGAAGGGUUCAUCACCUGCUGGAGGAAACUGUGUCCACUGGCACAAGGAAUAGGAUAUGGACAUUUUGUGAUGAAAAUGUUUGACUUCACCUACAUUAUACUCCAAGCCUGGGCUCUCUUCUACCUGGUGUUUUCAUUCAAAUCCCAAAUCCCCUGGGCCAGCUGUGACAACCCCUGGAAUACAGUUAACUGUAUAGGUCUUCGGAGUUGGGAUUCUCCUUCAUCAAAUGUGACUGCAAAUCAGACCAUGUUGACCAACACCACUUCUGCUGCUGAUGAGUUCUGGGAACGGCGGGUUUUAGGCAUGUCUGGAGGGAUUGAAGAGCUGGGCAGUGUAAGAUGGGAGCUGGCAUUGUGUCUUCUGGUCUGCUGGGUGUUCUGCUACUUCAGUAUCUGGAUGGGUGUCAGAUCCUCUGGAAAGGUAGCAUACUUCACAGCCACUUUCCCCUACGUGAUGCUCCUGAUACUGCUCACCAGGGGACUGACUUUACCUGGAGCAUGGGAAGGAAUCCAAUUUUACAUGUAUCCAGACUUGAGCCGGCUGGCUAACCUUGAGGUCUGGAUGGAGGCAGGAUCUCAAAUAUGCUUCUCCUACAGUGUGGCUACAGGAACACUAAGUGUUUUGGGCAGCUACAAUGAGUACAACAACAACUGUUACAAAGACUGCUUUUGGCUCUGUCUGUUGAACAGCGGGACCAGUUUUCUUGCUGGAUUUGUCGUCUUCUCCGUACUUGGAUUCAUGGCUCAUGAACAGGGUGUUAGUGUUGACAAUGUUGCUGAUUCAGGUCCAGGUUUGGUCUUCAUUGCCUACCCUCAGGCUACAGCUAUGAUGCCUUUCCCACAGCUCUGGACUUCCUGCUUUUUCCUGAUGCUCAUUUUCAUCAGCGUUGACACUCAUUUUGUGGUAGUCGACUGUUUUAUCACCUCAAUAAGUGACUUGUUUCCGAAGCUCUUGCGUGCACCAGGAAGGUCUAAAAUCUUUGUUCUCCUCAUCUGUUUGUUCUUCUUCCUCGUACAACUGACCUUGGUUACUGAGGGAGGGAUUUACAUAUUCCAGCUCAUUGAUUAUUAUGGUUCCACCAGAGUCUGUCAUUAUUUUAUGGCUACAUCUCAGUGUCUGGCUCUGGCCUGGGGUUUUGGUGCUGACAAUGUUGUUAACAUUAUUGAGGACAUGACAGGGCAGAGACUAUCUGUUUUCUUCAAACUGUGCUGGAAAUACAUCAUUCCUCUGCUGUCGCUGAUUUCCUUUAUUUUGUACCUGGUUGGCUACACACACCUCAAGUUUAACAACUGGUACAUGUACCCCAAUUGGGCGUACACACUAGGAUGGACCAUGACACUGUCCUCUGUUCUCAUGGUGCCACUGUGGGUAGUUGGACAAAUGUGUUUGACAUCAGGAACAUUCAGACAGCGUUUUGACACCCUUUGUCGUCCUGCUGAAGAUCCAGCUUGGCGGGGAAGAAAAAUGGGACAGGAGGGGACGUCUGUGGAACUGACGACGUCUGCAGUGACAGCUUAA